UCAAUGUUAUAGUUUCUUAAUUGGUUUUAUUUCAGGACAGAAAUGUUUUUAUUUCGCAGAGUUUCUCCGUGUUCUAAUUAUCCAAACUACCCUUGGGAAGAUAGUCAUUUUAUACGUAUUUUCUAUGUUAUAGUAAUCUCAGAUGAUGUCAGAGUGAUAAAUAUAACCUGUGUUAUAAUGUUUAGCUUCAGCUAACGAUAUUGUUAAAAAAAAAGAAUCACAGAUUGUUUUGCCCAACAGUUUGCAAUUAAAGGUCUGAUGGUUGUUUUUAAAUGUUUUUGUUUUUAGGUACCAAUAUGAGAUUCAUGACAUUUCUCAUGUGUGUCCUUCUGCUGAUGCAUCAAAGCAUCCCUCUCUCCAGACCACAGUGUCACAGCUGUGAACAAACGUCCUGUAAAUGCUCGAGACAAAACCUGACAACGGUCCCCGCAGCCCCCUCGAAGCUCAUCACUGGACUCGAUCUCUCAUUCAACAGACUGCAGACAAUAACAAAGGAUGACUUUGUUGCAUUUGCCAGUUUACAGUCUUUGAUCCUGAAUAACAACAGAAUCCAUAAGAUCCAGGAGCAAGCAUUUGUCCCGCUGACUGAUUUACAGAAAUUAGACUUGUCUUUCAACAGACUGGAUUCACUGUCUGCUGGAUGGUUUGAAAGUCUUGCUUCUCUUCAGAGCUUGAAUCUGUUGGGGAACAAAUACAAAAUGUUGGGUCGAGGCAAUCUUUUCCAGCCACUGAAGAAAUUAAAGAUCCUACAUAUUGGAGGACCGGACCUUCAAUCUGUCGGGAACAGUGACUUUUCUGGCCUCAGUGAUGUUGAAGAGGUGGUUUUUGAUGGAAACAAUCUGCUAAGCUACACAAAAGGAAGUUUGAGACAAAUUGGGCCAAUUAAAUAUGUGAGCCUUGGUCUGAAUGAUUCUAAAUUAUUAAGUCAUGCUGUGGAGGAGGUGUUAUCUCCCCCACAAAUUAAAAGUUUUGAGGUAGUUGUCUUGAAAAACGUUGAUAUCCCUGAGUUUUACAGCAUCCCUACCCGCUUUCUCCUGAACACGGUGAAAGCGGGGCGAAGGUUGUCUGUGAUAAACUGCAAGUUGUUUCUCAUUCCUUGUACAUACUCUGCUUUUCUGUUAGUGCUGGAGUAUUUGGACGUCAGUGACAACCUGUUAAGUGAUAUAGCUCUUAGUCAAAUGAUGUGCGAUGGCAAUGGUGGGUAUAGGAGACUGCAAACGCUCAAUAUCAGCAGGAAUCACCUGCAGUCAAUCAACAGUCAGCUUUUCACCAAACUGGAGAGACUUAAAAACAUUGACAUGAGUGGAAAUACAUUCCAGGCUAUGCCUGAGACUUGUUACUGGCCGUUAAAUCUCCAAUUCUUAAACCUUUCAUCAACACAUUUAACAAAAGUGACCCCUUGUUUGCCAUUAAGUUUACACAUCCUCGAUCUAUCAGACAAUGACUUGACUGUCUUCAAUAUGAAACUACCAUUUCUAACAGAGUUAUACAUUUCUAGCAACAAGAUCAGUAGUUUGCCAGAUGGGCGUUUAUACCCUCUUCUCGCAUUUCUCUCCAUUCGGAACAACAAUUUACAGACGUUCAGCAGCAAAAAUCUAAAUGAUUACAAUAAUCUGAGCAGUCUGGAGGCUGGUACUAACACGUAUGUCUGUUCAUGUGACUUUUUAGACUUAAUGAGGAGUGGCUUGACAAAUCAUCAAGUCACAUUUGUUGAUGGGUUAAAGUCGUACGUCUGUGACUCCCCUGACGCUGUGAGGGGAAAGAUUGCGGCGGAUGCGAGGUUGUCAGUCUUUGAAUGCCACACAGCUUUAGCUUCUUCUCUACUCUGCUCAGGCAUCCUGUUGUUCUUUCUGCUCGUUGUUGGCUUGUGUCACAAAUUCAGCGUUGUGUGGUACAUGAGGAUGACCUGGGCCUGGCUGAGAGCCAAGAGGAAGCCAAAGUUAAAAAAGGGAGAGCUUGAGUAUGACGCCUUUGUGUCCUACAGUGAAAUGGACUCUGGCUGGGUGGAGGCACAUCUGGUCCCGGAGCUGGAGCAGGUGGAGCCUCGUCUCCGGCUCUGCCUCCACAAGAGAGACUUUGUUCCUGGAGGCUGGAUCUUGGACAACAUCAUGGAUGCUAUCGAGAAAAGUCACAGAACUCUGUUUGUCCUCUCUCAGAACUUCAUCAGGAGUGAAUGGUGCAAGUACGAGCUGGAUUACACCCAUUUUAGAUUGUUUGACCACAACGAUGACACAGUGGUGCUGAUUCUGUUGGAGCCCAUUGACAAAGAGACCGUCCCCAAAAAGUUCUGCAAGCUGCGGAGAGUCAUGAACUCCAGGACGUACCUGGAGUGGCCUGAGGAUCACGAUCAGAUCCCCAGGUUCUGGCACAGCUUGAGAACAGCGAUCAAAAAACCUGAGACUGUUAAUGGGAACGUUGUACAGUUUGACAAUGUGGAAUUAAUUUAGGGUUUUGCUUUUUUUUGUUGCUUUUUU